AAUAGACGAUAUCGUGAGGGAAGAAAUUAUUCAAUGCUGCUGGAAUAAUUUCUGUCGUGAGGGACGGAUCCACAUUCUUCGAAAAAAACAAAAAAAAGCAGUUGGUUUUGGUUUGGUUGUAUGGCUGGCUGUCUGUUUAAAGUGGAGGUAGAAAACUGAUGGUCAUUAGCUAAAACAUGACUAGUGCCGCUGCCCGGACUCCUACACCUACUACUGCCGCAUUCAACAGUACUUGUAAAUGGCGACCAAACUCCUCCGCCGAAUAUUUCUUCGCUACUAUCUCUCUCCGGAAUCCUCCCACCACCACCGCUGUAAGUGCCCGUUGCCGGAGGGCUACUGAUCGUGGUCACAGACGUUUCGCUCUAUCCGUUGUUCCAAGGGCUACUUCUCCAUCAUCAUCAUCUUCUUCUUCUGCCCCCAAGACCCGCAAGGAUCAUAAUCAGAAUCGCAAGGAUGAUGAUGAUGAUGAUGAUGAUGACAUUGACACUACCAAACAACAACAGCAAUCGCAGCCGUCAGUGUCGAUGAUAAGACUGGACGACGUGAACCCGGUAGGACUGGGCCGGCGUUCAAGGCAAAUAUUCGAUGAGGUGUGGCGCAAGUUCUCUGGAUUGGGACAGAUCUCCAGGACCACUCGCACCGACGAUGAGACUAGCCUUCUCAUCAACGAGGGCGGUCCCAUGUGUGAAUUCGCCAUCCCUGGUGCUCAGAACACCACCGUCCUCGUCGUCGGUGCCACCAGCCGUGUAGGCCGCAUCGUUGUCCGCAAGCUCAUGCUCAGGGGUUACACCGUCAAGGCUCUAGUUAGGAAGGCAGAUGAACAAGCGGUGGACAUGCUUCCAACCUCUGUGGAGAUAGUAAUUGGGGAUGUUGGUGACCCCUCCAGUCUCAGGUCUGCUGUCAAAGGUUGCAACAAAAUCAUCUAUUGUGCCACAGCUCGUUCGUCUAUCACUGGAGAUCUCAAUAGAGUUGACCAUCAGGGAGUUUACAACCUUACGAAAGCAUUUCAGGACUACAACAAUAAACUGGCACAAUUACGAGCAGGAAAAAGCAGCAAAAGUAAGCUUUUACUUGCAAAGUUCAAGUCUGCAGAUUCGUUGAACGGGUGGGAUGUUCGUCAAGGAACUUAUUUCCAGGAUGUUGUUGCUGCUAAGUACGAUGGAGGAAUGGAUGCUACAUUUGAAUUCGCUGAGAGUGGAAAUGCAAUUUUCUCAGGUUAUGUUUUCACCAGAGGAGGGUAUGUGGAACUGUCAAAAAAGCUUUCACUUCCUUUGGGUUCCACUCUUGACAGGUAUGAAGGUCUAGUACUCUCUGUUGGUGGGAAUGGAAGAUCUUAUGUGUUAAUUCUUGAAGCUGGUCCUUCUGCGGAUACAACUCAAAGCAAAAUGUAUUUUGCUCGAUUCAGCACAAAAGUAGGAUUUUGCAGGGUGAGAAUACCAUUUUCAUCCUUUCGACCAGUGAAACCAGAUGAUCCUUCAUUAGAUCCAUUCCUUGUACACACCCUGACCAUACAUUUUGAGCCAAGAAGACAGACUGGACAAGAAACGGACUUCAUCUUAGUUUCAUGCACAGGAUUAGGAAUAGAACCUACCCGAAGGGAUCAGGUUUUGAGGGCCAAGAAGGCUGGGGAAGAUUCGUUAAGAAGAUCAGGCCUUGGGUACACAAUCAUUCGCCCCGGUCCCCUAAAGGAAGAACCUGGUGGGCAACGUGCCCUCAUUUUUGAUCAAGGAAACAGGAUUUCUCAGGGCAUCAGCUGUGCCGAUGUGGCUGAUAUAUGUGUGAAGGCAUUGCACGAUUCAACUGCAAGGAACAAGAGCUUCGAUGUAUGUUACGAAUACGUGGCAGAGCCAGGGAAGGAGCUAUAUGAGCUGGUAGCACACUUACCUGACAAAGCAAAUAACUAUUUGACACCAGCCCUGUCGGUUUUAGAGAAGAACACUUGAUAUUUCCUCAGUCUAUCAACCCUGUUGUCUUCCAGGAUAUGUAAAUGAUGUGGGAGGAUCGCACAAUGCGGUCCUCCCUGUUGUCUUCAAGGAUAUGUAAAUGAUGUGGGGGGGAUCAAUUUAUUUAAUUUUAUUUCAUUCUCUUCAGGUCUAAUAAAAUUUUACUGCUUCAUUGCUGCUUAUAGUGCUCACCUUGGGAAAAUCAAUGUUAAAAAAAAAAUCACAUACAAGUUAUCCCAGAUUACGAGGGACUAACCAAAUGGUUGCAAUACUUAUCCACUCCUUGCAUCCUGUUAGUACAGAUGUUCUGUAAUGGAGAAAUAAGAUGACAUAUUACUACCCUGUUAAAGAUAUUCUGUAUGGAAGAGGACGACAGAUUAUUUCAA